AUGUCGAACUUCGUCAAUGUUGAGCUUCGGUUGUUUGAGGAGUCAUCAUUUACCUGUCGAUCUAUUGGAAACCGACUGAAUCUGAGCAUAAACAAUGGAAAUCUGGCGUUCUUCAGGUACUCGGAAAUUGUGCACGAAAUUAAUCUGAGACCAAAUACUUCCGUUCUUCGACUGGGAUUGAAGACUGCGAGCUUGUCAUUGAAAAAGGAUAAAUAUGGAAAAGACAACCUGGAAUCUGAAAUUUCUUCUUUUGACAGAAGGACCGAUUCCUGGUCGGCUGUUCAAUACUUCCAGUUCUAUAGCUAUCUUAGUCAACAGCAGAAUAUGAUGCAGGACUAUAUUCGCACAUCAACUUACCAGCGUGCCAUACUGGCUAAUGCUUCCGUUGAUUUCCGCGACAAAGUGGUUCUAGAUGUUGGAGCUGGUUCUGGUAUCAGUUUUUUCGCGAUUCAAGCUGGCGCCAUCAAGGUUUAUGCUGUGGAGUUAUCCAAUAUGGCGAGAUUCUGCAAUACUUUGGUGCAGGCAAACAAACUGGCUGGUCGGAUAAUCGUAAUCGGUGGUAAGAUCGAGGAGAUCACCUUGCCGGAGCCGGUCUCGGAUGAAAUUUCCAAUUCAUCGGAUGUGGAGACUUCAGAGGAAGACAACGGAGAGGCGAUGCAUCUGGCUGACGGUGAGAUACCUCCUGAUGGGAAUAUCAAGCGUUCUAAUCGCGCCCUUCUUUCUCCCGGCAUAAUGUUCCCUACAGUGGCGAAUCUGUACAUUGUGCCGUUCAGCGACGAUGCUCUUUUUGCCGAACAGUUCGCAAGAGCGUACGUUUGGUACCAGCAGAACUUCCAUGGUAUGGAUCUGACUGCCUUGCGAAAUGCUGUUCUUGCGGAAUACUUCAACCAACCAAUAGUGGACACCUUCGACAUUGGCCUGUGCCCCGCUGUACCCUGUGUACAUAAAGUUGACUUCCGCACUGUAACUGAAACGCAGCUUGCUUCGAUUGAUAUUCCACUUCACUUUCAGAUCUCUACUUCAUCCGCUAUCCAUGGUUUGGCAUUCUGGUUUGAUGUUGGAUUCCUCGGGUCCCAGCGCGAAUUAUGGCUAUCCACUGCACCGACGGAACCUCUAACUCAUUGGUACCAGGUUCGGUGCCUUCUUGGAACACCCCUCUUCGUACAAGAGGGACAGAUCCUAAAUGGCCAUGUUGCCAUGCGUGCGAACACACGGCAGUCUUACGACGUGCGGACAGAAUUAAUUGUUCCAGGAUGCCAGACAAAGAUAACCAACACUCUUGAUCUGAAAAACCCUCACUUCCGAUAUAACAGCUACCCUCCUGCUCCCCCUCCCUUUUCCCAUAAUCGCUCUCCAACUGAAGUUUAUUAUUCCAACCUAUGCUUUCAACAACAGCAACAAACACAGCAGCAGAGCCUACAUGCCAAUUUGGCAGUUCCCAUGACAGGCAAUCUCUCUAUCCCUGGAGGCAACACGAACCUUUCUACACCUGGUGGUCCUUUGUUUGCCAUAGCUCCAAACGGACCAAACUCCGCCCAUGCGAAAAUGUUCGCACUACCAAACGCAGCUAUCUCGAACGAACAGCAAUCAAUGCAGCUAUCCUCGCAAUCAUUAAACCCGUUGAUCGCACCGGUGACCGCAAACUCUUCAAUUCUCCCAUCUUCACAGCCUCCACGUAUCGCACCUGUAGCCUGUAAUCCAGGGCUUGUAUCAUCCGUGUUCUGA